CUGCCCAGUCCAUCCUCAUUGCUGCAAGCCCAGGUUGGGGCCUGUGAUACGACAACGUCACAGAAUCAUCUGCCUAGUGUUCGGGCUCUUCACUGCCUCAUACUUCAAACUCCUCUCUCCUUCAAAGCUCCUGACUCUUCUUCCUACCUGCGCAUCAUACGAGUCGCUCACAAGGACCCCGCAUUUAUAUCCCACGACCCCGCAACGGACGACAACAACGUACACGGAGCAACGCCACAGCAGAUUCGGAAGCGCAUAAAGAAUACCAGACGUGUGCUUGCUUCUUGAAGUUAUGGAUGGCCAACGGCGCCAAGGACGAGCCGACGAGGAGCUUUUUAUGCGCCCUCCAGCCUCAAAUGACCCAGAGACUCCUACCGUGGGCCCUCUAAGGAUUCAAAAGAAGGACAACUCACCAGUCUCGCCCGCCCAGCGUACCGGAUCCGCAGACAGUGCCUCAGCAGCUUAUGGUCGGGCGGCGCAACAAGCUUUCCCACCUCCUACCAAAGCCCCCACUGCUCCUCUACCAUAUCCUGACGAUCGCCCGGCCGCGCGGCCAGUAUACAGCCCAAUGUCUUCAGAAAGAGAACGAAGCUCGAAGAAUCCGACAGCAGUGGAAAGUGGAAGACGUCGAUCGAAUACCAGCCAAACUUCUGGUUCCCCUUCAACCAGAGUCAAAUUCGAUGCGAACGAUCCGAACCGACCAACAUUAUCAGGCUAUGCGCAGCAGCAGGCUGCGCCAAAGCAGUCCCUCGGCGAGAGGAGAGGGACCGCUCCGAAACCUUUGCCACAAUCUCCAGGACCAGAGACGCCUGACAAGGAAGAUCUGUUCCAGAAGGCACCCCGUCCUCCAGGGGUACCGGGGGAUGCUGCAAACGCAAAUCCGUACCCAGAAUACCACCAGCAAUACUGGCCUCCACCCAAUGGAGGUGGCUCUAAAGGCUCGGGUCUCAAAAUACCAAAUCCCGGAGGCGUCAACCGCCUGAGUUCGACAGCCUCGAACGCCACCACGAAAGCACAACGUGGUUCUCCUCCACCUCCAGAAACCCCAAUAGUCGGGCCUCCAGAUGGUGAUAUCGAAGCACGCUAUGCAGCUGCAGGCAUUGCCGGAACAUCAACUCUCAGUAACAUACAAGCACAAAGCGCAGCUGCUUCCCAAAGACAGAAUCAAUACGGAAGUCCGCCCCCAAUUAGGACGAAUGUCGGUGGGGGACAACCCGUCCAGCAACCCACGCCGCCGCCUCAAAUUCAACAACAGCAGCAGCCUCCAAGACGGCCGUGGACACCGACUGAGCAGCCAGGGAGUCAGCCUCAUGGACCACCGAUGGUAUACCAAGGGCCUACAGAAGUCAGAGGAUCUUCGCCCGCUGCAACAGGAUCGUCCCCGCCAAGUCAGGCACCAAUACCGUUACAGCAGCAUAGCAGUGGGCAAGGUGGCAUUCAAGCACCUGUAAUACACCCAGAACACCCUAUCGAACAGGAAAUGAACCGGCUCAAUAUUCACGAGGAACCACCACCCGCAUACUCGAGCAUUGGAGGUGGGACCAGUACAGCCCAAGGUUAUCCUAACGAGAAACCGCGCCCAGUGGUGACUCAACCAACUCCGAGCACUGCUCCAGCGGAUCCAAGCAUGCAAUCACAUCCUGCAUUCGCCAAUGAUCCCCGGCAACAGGCUGGUCCUUCCAAUUUACAACCUGGUUCUACACCAGUACAGUAUGCCCAGGUAAAUUCUUCUCCAGCCCCUGGUCCUGGGCCUGCAUCUCCUCCUCCUCUACCAGAAGGGUGGAUCGCGCAUCUGGAUCAGAACUCUGGGCAGUACUAUUAUAUACACCUUCCAACACAGUCGACACAAUGGGAAUUUCCAAAAGGGCCAACUCCGCUCAACCUCAACGAGCCCAUGUCACCAGUUGGUACCUUUGUGAAUCCCCUGACGUCUCCUAGUACUAGCUCAUUUAGCAAGCCUCUGCUUUCUCCAGGUAUUACUACUCAACAUGCGACGUACCAAGAAAAUAUGAUGAGCAUGGCUGGCCUGGCCACCCCUACGACUACAGGGUUUACAGGUCCACCCCCCACAGCAGGUAUUGACAUGUUUAAGGUUGCACCUACGAAUGGUGUGUACUUUGGGCCAUACCUGCGCUACACCAAUAUGGAUAUUGAGCGUGGACUCUGGCUUGGCUCAAUUCUACUCGUCACUGAUGCUCCCCAACCGCCUACCAUUCAUAUUCACCAGAGUAUUGAUCUUUCCCCCAACCCUCGUCAAUUGAAAGCCAAUCCUAUAUACACUCACCAACGAUGGAUGUUCUACAGAUAUGACAUCGAUUUGAAAAUGGAGGAUGAUCAUGCGGCGAAAUGGACGUAUGCCAUUACAUCUCAUCUCGGCUGUACGCGAUAUGAAUUCUUGGUCGCGGGGCGUUAUGAGACUAGCUGGCGAUUCGUUGCGCACUCAGGCAACGACUUUGCCUUGAAUGUGAAUCAGAAUGAGCGCGCUAAGCUUGGUGGCGUAGGAUUCAUGUGGAAAGAUAUUCUGCAGAAACAUGCUGAAUGUGGAGGUUUCCACGUUCAAUUAGGCCUCGGAGACCAAAUUUAUGCUGAUCGAAUAUGGAAGGAAAUUCCUCUUCUCAAGCAAUGGACGGCGACGAGUGGCAAAGAGAUACGCAAAAAUGCCCCUUGGACAGCAAAGCAUGAAGAAGACGUCACACACGCCUACUUUCACUAUUAUACUAGCCACUUUGAUCAACCACAGCUACGAGAAGCUUUCGCUCAGAUACCUCACAUUCUGACCCUAGAUGACCAUGAUAUUUUUGAUGGUUUUGGCUCGUACCCUGAGUAUAUGCAAUUCUCUAACAUGUUUAAGAACAUUGGGAGGAUAGGCAUCGAAAUGUACUUGCUGUUCCAGCAUCAUACUACACUCGAAAUUCUCCGUAAUGUUAGUGGUGAUCAAGAUCUCUUCACCAUUACAGGAACUGGUUGGCACUUUGUAAAAUACCUGGGACCUGCUGUUGUCGUAGUCGGCCCAGACUGCCGUUCGGAGCGAAAUCCACAUCAGGUCAUGGCUGGUCCAACGUAUCAGGGGCUCUUUCCAAAGAUUGCGAUGCUUCCACAUAGCGUACAGCAUUGUAUAUGGAUGAUUCCGGUCCCGAUUGUUUACCCUAGACUCGAAUCCGUAGAGCACUUAGCUAGCACUAUGGCAACUGGCAAGAAGGCCGUGACUGGUACUUUCAACAUGCUAGGUAAAGUUACCAGUUCGAUGGCUGGGGUGGUAGGAGCGAAGAGUAUGGUCGGAGAUGGGUUCAGCUCAGUAAAGAAAGCGGUUGGAAAGUCCGGCCUAAUGAGCGGAAUCCUCAGUCCAUUCGGCGAUAUUGACAUGCUUGACGAGCUCCGAGAUCAGUGGACACAUGAUUCAAAGGAUCUCGAGCGAACCUAUCUCAUCCGCACAUUACAAGGCAUCGCACACAACAAGUCUCUCCGCAUGACUUUCCUUUCCGGGGAUGUCAACUGCUGCGGUGCUGGCCUUCUUCACGACCCGUCCAAGCCACAGGAUCACAAGUCCAUGUAUCAGAUCAUAUCGUCCUCGAUCGUCAACACUCCACCUUCUUCAUACGUACUUCGCCUCCUACACAAUAACAAACAGCUCUACGUCCCUGCCAACGGCCAUCGUAGCACAAAUGUCGUAUCUGAUACAAAAGAGGACAUGAUGGAGAUAUUCACUCAGGAUGUGAAUGGCCAACCACGAGAAAUGAAACGCCUUAUGGGCCGGCGCAAUUACGUGGCAUGCGUCGCUUAUGAUCCGGAUGUUGUACAUGGAAACUUCACAGGACAGCAAGCUAAUGGAGGCUCAGCUGGGAGACUGAGCAUCGCGGUCGAUUUUAUGGUCCAAGGGGAUGGGCAGUACAAUACGUCACUCAAGUUUGGUCCGAUUGUGAUCCCUGCCUUGGCAUAUGGGCAAUGAUUUUGAAACAUGCGGUAUGCAUGGCGCCCAACAUAGGGGCCAGCUUACAUCAGUUGGUGCUGUUGGGCACAUGGUAAUGACUAAAUGAUUUGGUGCACUGGCAUAGCGAGGUUUGCGAUAUCCCCUCAUUCUCAUUCCUGUUCAUCCUUUUCGGCACUUUUUGUCUCUCCUCAACCUUGUGGAGUCCGCAUAGGGUGUGCCUCUAUAUAGACGUAGCAGAUCAGCACAUUAGCAACCUUAGCAUAGUGACGAUAGCACACCUAUUCCUAAAUUCUUUCAAUACACGCCUCCGU